AUGAGUUAAAGAAGCCAUUCAAUUAAUUAUUCUGAAAAAAUUGAUACAUCUGUAGAUUGUGGGCUUUCAGAAACUUAAGAAAUCUCAUAACUAUUCUUAAAUUACCUAAAAACUUAAUCUACCACUGAAUCAGAUUCUUUAAAGAAAUCUAAAGCAUAUUUAAAAUAAUUGUAAAAUGGUUUAAUAAUUUUCACUUGGUAUGAAGCAAUUGCAUUUACUAGUUGCUUUAUCGUUUUAAUCAUUAGUCAUGAAUAUUUAUUAAUUUACAUUGGAUUUGGAUUAUUUUUCAAAUUUUUGAUAUUUCUAAUACUAACUAUUUCAGCUAAAAAAUAAAAAAAGUUUAUAGGACUUAAAUCUACAAUUACUAGAAAAAUAUUUUUAAAGAUUAUUGUUAAAGAAAUAAUUCCUAAUCCAGAACAUAGACUUGAAAUAAAAUUGAUUGAUUUAAAAAUUGCAUCUAAAUUAACAUUUUAAUAAAUUUUUAAGGAAUUCACAAAAUAUCAUAUAAACUCUUUAAUUAUUAUCAUUUUAAUCACUUUAGGAAUUUAUGCUAUUUGUAUCUAAUUUAUCAUUGAGGAAUCUAAAAAUAAUUAAUAUUUGAUUUUUUCAGAAUUUGCUUUAAUUUCAUUACCACUUUCAUUUAUCCUAAUAAUCUUAUCCCUAAUGUUAAUAUACAUCUGCAUCAAUUCAUUUAUCAACUUAAUACAUAUGAUUGUGAAAAUUAUUAUUAAUAUAUGUAUUUCUGUACCAAAUCUUAUAAGAUAUAUACUUAAUAUUUUCAAGAUUAAAAGAGAAAAACACACUAUAUUAAUGAAAUAUAUCCACAAUUCAUUUACAAGUAAAGAUUUAUGCUCAAUAUGUCUUUGUUCAUUUUAGAAUUAAGGCAUUUUGUUACCAUGCAAACAUCUAUUUCACAUCAAAUGCAUAGAAAAAUGGUUUUUUGCCAAUAAUACAUGUCCUAUAUGUAGAUCAAAAAUUAAUAAUGAUGAUGAAAAUUAAUAAAAAUGA